UUUAAAAUUUAUUUUUUGGUUCACCGGAUAAUUGCGCUAGUAGACAGACUGCAAAAGGGCUUCAAAAUUUGAAAAGCAAAUAGAGAUUCAAAAUUUGAAGAGAGAGAGAGAGUGAGGACUGAGUAAUGGCAUCAUCAACAAGAGGAGGAGGAGACAUGAAAGGUUUCUUCAGGCAAAGGAAGAAGAGCGGCCCCAUCGCCAAGCCAAAGGGAAAGAAAUCGUCCCCAAAACACUCCUCUUCUGCUUCUUUCGAAAUUGCCCAACCUGCUUCUCUCCAUAUCAAUGAUGAUUACGAUGAAAAUAAGGAGGUUUUGUUGAGGCAAUUCGAUAUGAAUAUGGCGUACGGGCCUUGCCUUGGGAUGACCAGACUGGCUCGUUGGGAGCGUGCCCAUAGUUUAGGUUUGAACCCUCCCGAAGACGUUGAGAGAUUUUUGAGAGAGGCUAAGGUCCGCCCUGAUUGCUUGUGGGAUGGCCGUGUUUAGCUUAGCUUACCUUAUGUUACUACUGCUAUAUACAUUGCAUACAAUGUCGUAGCUAUCAUUAUGCUUCCGCUUUUGUUUUUGUUUGUUUCAUGUCUUUCGGUGAAAGCAUGUGCUGUGCUGUGCAGCCUUUCUCUGGCUGUCAUCUAUUGACUAUUAUGAUGUCUUAUUUUGUGUUGAAACCUCCCUCAACUCGAGUUGUGAAUGUGAAUGUGAAUGUGCGUGUAGUAGCUUGUUCAA